AUGAUCAUCACGAUCGGCGAUUUGUGCUAUCGGUUCCCCAACUUAUUGGAGCAAUGGACGUCUCGGAUUUACGGCGUGCUGCGCGAUGAAUCCGAACUGGUUCGCUCGAAUGCUCUUUCUGUGAUUUCGCAUUUGAUUUUGAACGAUAUGAUUCGCGUGAAGGGGCAGAUUAGCUAUCUGGUUGUGCUGCUGGAGGAUCCGUCGAAACAUAUUCAAGGUCUCGCGCGAGUUUUCUUUAUGGAAUGGGGAAAACGUGGAAGCAAUCCGGUGUAUAAUGUCUUGCCCGAAUGCAUUUCGUCGCUUCUGGAAAUGUCGGAAGUGGAUUACGAAAAGUUCACGCGAUUGAUUAAGUUCUUGCUUCGCUUUGUAGACAAGGAGAAACAGCAGGACCAAUUAGUAGAUAAACUGCUGCAGCGAUUCCAAUUCACGACCGAUCCAUACAAGUGGAAAUGUCUGGCUUUCUGCCUGUCUGCUCUUCCGAUUACGUCGAAUACGUGCGAAAAGUAUUUGCUACAUCGGAGGUAUUUGAAGGAUCCGCUUCAUAACAGGGAAGUGUAUGAGAUUGUCGAGCAGAUCAUUACAAAGGUGAGGCUUUGGAUUGAUUUGGUUUGGCUUAUGGGUAGUUGA